AUGUUUACCUUAUCUCUUACUAACUGGGCGAUAAUUGGCUUACUUAUAUUAGCUGGACUGGGUGUUCUCAUUUGGUGGCUAGUAACAGAUACUUCAAAUGAUAAGUUUGAAACAAUUCUUCUUGAGACUGAUGGGUUAGGUCAAGUUAAAUACAAUGCAGCAUAUACGAGAAUUUAUGGUGCCGGCGAUAUUUUCUGGUGGUUCUUCCCAUCUACGUCUGACCAGAGUCGACCAAUUUUACUAUUUCUAGGUGGGGUUACAGGAAUACCUGAUAGUUUUCUCCUAAACUUUGGGGGAAUAGGGCCCUUAGACUUUAAUCUAAAUACGAGGAACACAUCGCUGGUCAGCGACUAUCACUUGUUAUUCGUAGACAGCCUCUUAGGGACUGGGUUCAGUCAACUUGAAGAUGAGCAGUCGAUCUUGACAAAUUUAAGUGAUAUGGUUGAUAAUUUAAUAUACACUUUACAAUCAUUUUAUGGACAUAAUGAUGAAUAUGAAGAUGCGCCUUUAUACAUUUAUGCACAAGGUGAUGCGUCUCAUUUAGCCAUUCCAUUGACAACACGAUUGCUAGAGGAUGAGGACUAUUCUCACAAAAUAAAAGGAAUCUUUCUAGGUAAUCCCACAAUAUCACCAGCUCUUACACUGACCAAAUUGGGAUUUUAUUUAGAAGAAUUAGCCUACGUCGAUGGUAAUGGUAGAGCGGCAAUAGAAGAAUUUUCAACCUCGCUGUCCUCCUUAGUGUCAUCGAAAAAUUUUGAGGAAGCCUUUAAUCAAUUCUUUUCUUUGGGUGAAUUCAUAAAUGAAAGAGCUGGUGCCGUAGCGGUUAAUGUGGGAUAUAUCGUAGAAAAAUUAACUCGCAACUCAGUUAGAGACUACUUCGGACUAAGUGCGUAUCGUGACAGAGUUAUUCCAUCUGACAUUAAUAUGAAAAGUUUCAUGGAGGAAACAAUUGCGCCAGCGCUUGGAAUUUCAAAUGAUAACAAUUAUGAUGAAAAACGGGAUGAUGUUAUUAAAGCUUUUAGGCCACUUUACAUGGAACCCAUAGUAGAUAAAUACACUCUUGGAUAA